AUGGGCGAUAUCCGGUCAUCUGAAUGCAGUGGCUCCCCAGCUUCUUCGCCCAAGAUUUCCGUAUCGCCAUCACCCAUCGCGGCCAUCAAGUAUGCUCGCCAAGCCGAGAAAUUGUCCUUGGUAGCGCCGGAUAACGAUAGCAAUGGGCCCGGAACUGCCGUCGCGGCCGACUACAUUACUCCGCAAGAUCCAGUCAUCAUCACCGGCGAUGGAGGCCGACUGCCAGGCGUAUCUUUGGCGGAGGCUACGAAGUUGAAUACGCUCAGGGCCGGGACUCAAGGAGGGAUGCAGGAUAUGAACGACUCGAGGGAUCCGGCGGACAAUGCAGCUCUAGAAGCAGGUUUGCGCUCACGCUCCCUACACCGCAAGGCUGCGAUAGAAACAUCUGAGGAGGGUUCCCUUCGGAGAGCUAUGCCACCGUCUCGGACGCACCCACUGUUCCCACCUCUGCCUCUCUACGGCCCGCCGUCCUUCAUUCGAGACGCCCAAUGUUAUACCUUUCGCAUAAGUUCUUUCUUCUUGUCUUUGGCGUUUCUGGGCAUCAUUGUUUUGGGCUCAGCGGUCACCGGUAUACCCUUGUUAUUUAGAUACGUAUGGCUGCGCAUCACCUUGCGAGACCCGGAUGCGGGGCGGCCUUUCUACGAAGAAGAGAAGAGACGAAAGAAAAGCAGGAAAGAGGCCAACAGAUCAUGGAAGAAACAAUCAUCAAGGAAGUACUUCCGGACCAGGAUGGACGACGAUAAUGAGGACGAGGCUGGAUGGGGUAGCUUUGUACCGACAGAAGGGGGACCGGACCCCCUGGUCUGCGAUGUGGGAUACUACGCCAGAAGAGUAGGACUCGAUGUCGAGGAAUUAAAAGUGCAAACCGAAGACGGCUUUAUAAUAACACUUUGGCACGUUUACGAUCCUCUCGAAUAUACCCCUAUGUCAACUUCUGAACGCGCUGCCCGUGGUCCCGACGUCUUCACUGGUACUGGACCUUAUCGCCCCAGUCGUCCCUCUCGAUCCAAGCAAAAACCCAAAUUUCCCAUCCUGAUGAUCCACGGUCUCCUUCAGUCAGGGGGUGCCUACUGCGUGAACGACGACGAUUCUCUUGCAUUCUACCUCUGCAAAUCUGGCUACGAUGUCUGGAUUGGCAACAAUCGCUGCGGCUUCCAUCCUGAACACACCCGCCUCUCCUACUCCGAUCCUAGGAUGUGGUCCUGGAACAUUCGCCAAAUGGGCGUAAUGGAUCUGCCUGCUCUAACCUCACGUGUGCUUUCUGAAACCGGAUUCGAGAAAUUGGGACUCAUAGCCCAUUCCCAAGGCACGACUGAGACCCUCGUGGCGCUGGCAAAGGAACAGCGUCCCGACCUAGGAGAGAAGCUGACUGUUUUCUGCGCCCUGGCGCCAGCAGCAUAUGCGGGUCCCCUCAUCGGAAAAGCAUACUUUAAAUUCAUGCGAGUGAUUCCCCCGGCUUUCUUCCGCCUCAUCUUCGGCAUCCACGCCUUCAUCCCCUUCAUGAUGACCAUGCAUCGGAUCCUCCCCGGCUGGCUGUAUGCCGCCCUAGGGUACCGCGUUUUCGCCUUCCUCUUCAACUGGUCUGACGCUCGCUGGGACCGCGGACUGCGCGCUCGCAUGUUCCAAUUCAGUCCAGUGUACGUGAGCGCAGAAAGCAUGCGGUGGUGGCUGGGCCGUGAGUGCUUCGCGAAACAGAAAUGCAUCCUUGCUACGCGCGAAGAAGGCCAUCAAGAAGACGCGGAAGACGCGGAAGAGGAGAUGGAGGAUUACUACCGCCGCACGCGCAAGUCCCAGGAAGUCGACGACGGCACGAAUGGACAUCGCAGUCGCGAGGUCCAAAAGAAGCACGAGCGCAGGCCGAAGGGGAGCACGGCUUGGUAUAAUGCGCAAACACCGCCGUUUGCUCUCUGGGUUGCGGGCAAGGACGAUCUGGUUGACGGGAGGAGGCUACUGCGGAGAUUUGAGCGGGGCAGGGAACCCCAUAUCAGGGUCGUGCAUAGCAAGGUUAUCGACGAGUACGAGCAUCUAGAUGUCAUCUGGGCGAUAGAUAGUAUAGAGAAGGUAGGACGGGAAGUCAGGGACGUGCUCUGGAAAACGUGUGAUGUUCGGGAGAGAGUCCGGGUCCCAAUGGGUUGCGAGGGGGUUACGCCUUGGGUUGAUGAUCGUCGGAUGGUGAGGGGUGAAAAGGAGGAGGAUCAGAGUAGUAGUAGUUAA